ACGAUGAUAACUGUAGCCAAGAUGAAGUUAUUUAUAUUGGCUCUUUUCUCCUUGAUCCUAGCAGUGAGUUCGGAGAGUGAAAAUUCAAAGACUAGUACCGUUAAAGACCAGAAGAAUGAUAACUCCGCUUUUCUCCAAAAAUUCUUACCACCCUUAAAACAUAACGUACACCAAAGAUACGGCAUGAACCAUGGUCUGAACUCGGAAGAAGUUAUUAAGAACAUGUUGAGAAAUGAUCACAGGUACUAUGAUUACGUUGAUGAUCACGAUGACCAUUACUUGAGGUACAAUGGUAGAUCAAGACAGCUUCAUAACGAGCCUAAUAUCUGGGGCUAUUCUAGAAACGGCGGGCUUGGAAGCCUUGUCAGCCAUUCGUAUAAUGGUGACCCAAACGUUUGGGGAUAUUUGAGAAACUCGGAGGGUAGAAUGAGAAACAUGGGCGGUCAUUCUAGACAUCAAAAUGACGGGCAUAUAGAACAUGAAGAUAGACUCGGAAAUAUGGGACGUGUUUAUAUGAGACCCGGAAAUAAAGCGCACAUUAGCAUGAUGGGUCCAGAAAACAUGGAAUAUGAAAAUAUGAGGAAUGAAAAUAUGCCACAUAUUAACAUUAAUGCACUUCUCGAACCAGAUCACGUAGGUUAUGUGGGACAAGUUCACCCUAAUAGAAUGGGUAUUAAAGAGAGAUAUGACUUCGCAAUGGUGACAGGAAGAGAUUUGGAUGCCCACAGGAGGAGACCCAUGUAUCACGCUCACGGAUUGGCAACACCGAUGCCUUCGCUUUUGGGAAUGGGUGGUAUAAAACAUAACACGGCGCAUAUGCCUAUGCAUCAUCAUGGCGUAUGA